AUGGCUUUAUACGCUUCCCUGGUCGUAGUGUUUUUCAUGCACCUCGAGGGCAGUUGUGGCAUGCAAUUUCCUGACUGUAUCCGCGGUCCAUCUCUCCUAACAGAAAAUGAUGUUUGCUGCCCACAGUCAUCCUCUUCUGAUCGCGCCGCAGCCUUGGUGGCUAGCAUGAACAUCACCGAGAAACUCGGCAAUCUCAUCGAAGCAAGUACCGGGUCUUCCCGCCUGGGUCUGCCACCAUACAACUGGUGGAACGAAGCGUUGCAUGGAGUAGGAUUUUCUGAUGGGGUUGAUUUCGGCGUGAACUUUUCUAUCGUCACGGAGAACCCCAUCGGAGAAUUCUCGUAUGCCACAUCCUUUGCCACACCCCUGCUACUCGCUGCUGCAUUUGACGAUGAAAUGAUUUACCAGGUCGCGGACACUAUUAGUACCGAGGCCCGCGCCUUCAGCAACGCCGGUCAUGCAGGUCUCGACUACUGGACCCCGAACGUCAACCCGUACCGCGAUCCACGCUGGGGCCGAGGCUCUGAAACUCCCGGAGAAGACCCACGGCGAAUCAAGGGAUAUGCCGCUCACUUUCUUCGUGGUCUCGGAGGAGACCAGAACUCUACAAAAAAGACAUUGACAAACUGCAAGCAUUACGCCGGAUAUGAUCUGGAGACAUGGGGUGGAUAUAGCCGCUACGGAUUCAAGGCCAACAUCACCAUGCAAGAUCUUGUUGAAUAUUACUUGCCUCCGUUCCAGCAGUGUGCGCGGGACUCCAAAGUCGAUUCAAUCAUGUGUUCAUACAACAUGGUAAACAACACCCCAGCUUGUACUAAUUCUUACCUCAUCAAUCGUGUCCUGAGGCAGCAUUGGAACUGGACAGCUUCCUCUCAGUACAUUGUCACUGACUGCGGUGUCGUGAAUGAAACCGUCAUGCGCACGCAUUACACUUCAAGUCUUGCUGAAUUCAGCGCGUUGAUGUUCGAGACGGGUAUCGAUCUCGUCUGUACUGGAGGCUCCCCAGCUGCUAUUUCGGAGGCAUACAUGAAGUCCUUGCUCCCAGAAAAGACAAUUGAUGCCUCUUUGCGCCGUCAGUACGAAGCCUUGGUGCAUGUCGGGUACUUCGGGCCCAACUGGACAGAUCCAUAUGUAUCAUUGGAUUGGUCCGCAGUGAAUACGCCACGCAGCCAAGCUUUGGCACGCAGAACGGCAGCACAAAGUAUGGUUUUGCUCAAGAACAACGGAACUCUGCCGAUACCAUUCAUGACCCACCCCAGGGUAGCGCUCAUUGGAGUCUAUGCCAAUGCCACCUGGGAAAUGCUAGGUAGCUACUUUGGCGUCCCUCCCUAUUAUCAUAGCCCUCUCUACGCCGCACAACAGAGAGGCUUGAAGGCUGUCUAUGCAUCCGGUCCAUCGACCUCACAGAAUGCAACCGGUAACUGGACGGCACAAAUCGAAGCAGCCAAGAAUGCCGACGUUGUGAUUUACUUUGGCGGCAUCGAUGUCUCAACCUCAAGUGAACUCAACGAUCGUUCGUCCGUCUCCUGGCCCGCCUCUCAGCUGAGUCUCAUCAAAGAGGUAUGCGCUCUCGGCAAGCCCUGUGUGGUCGUUCAGCUAGGCGAUCAACUCGACGAUACAGCUCUGCUCAAUAACUCAAACGUUUCCGCUAUCCUUUGGGCGUCCUAUCCCGGACAGGAUGGAGGGCCAGCCAUUUUUGAUGUUUUGACUGGCUCUAUUCCUCCAGCCGGUCGAUUGCCAGUCACCCAAUAUCCCACUAGCUAUGUGGACCAAAUUCCGAUGACGGACAUGGGGCUCCAGCCGCAGGAUGACCGUCCAGGACGUACAUACUGGUACUAUGAGGAUGAUGUAUUGCCUUUCGGAUAUGGAUUGCAUUAUACAAACUUCACAGCUUUGAUCCAGGGUCCUAGAUCGACCAGGCAGUCAUCGUCUACUCAAGAGGACACUUUGCAUCUAGGUGCAUACCAUAUUAAUGAGUUGAUAGCAGACUGUGGCUCUCAGCAUUUGGAUCUUUGUCCACUGCCGCCUGUAGCGGUUGCUGUGACGAAUACAGGUAACCGGAGGUCCGACUUUGUUGUCCUUGGAUUUAUUGCUAACAAGCUCGGCCCGCCACCGCACCCCAUCAAGAAGCUCGGUGCUUAUACCCGUGUGAAGGCUAUCUCACCCAACGAAACUCGCUCUGCUCUACUUAAUCUUUCUCUUGGUGACAUGGCACGUGUGACCGAGCGUGGAGACCGGGUGCUCUUCCCGGGAGUUUACAAAAUCCUGAUUGACGUGCCCACACAGAGUACGGCAACCUUGGAGCUGUUGGGAUCAGAGACGACCUUGGAAUCAUGGCCACAGCGUGAAACAAAUGUUUAA